GCUUCCCUCCCUCCGCGUCCUUCACUUCCUGCUGCGGAAGUGUUGUGCUGCUUUUGGCUGGUGAAAAUGGCUACUGCUGGAGCUACAGGAGACGACCUGAGGAAAGAGCUCACCUGUGCAAUUUGUCUGGACUUCUUCAAAGACCCAGUUAUACUGAAAUGUGGACAUAAUUUCUGUCGGUUUUGUAUCUGCAUGCACUGGGAUGAAAAUGGCGGAGACUAUGGAUAUCAGUGCCCUCAGUGCCGAACGGUGUUCAGUAAGAGGAGCUUCACUAAAAACUACCUGGUACAGAACCUGGUGGCCAAACUGGACGAUUUGGAGUGUCUGGGGUCUUGUCCUGCACAAUCUAAGCCCGUUAAAGUAGACGGGAAGUGUGACCAACAUGGAGAAGAACUCAAAUUGUACUGCCAGACUGAUAAGAGGCCCAUCUGUGUAGUCUGCAGGGAAUCUCGGGCACACAGACACCAUGAGGUUGCACCAGUGCCAGAAGUUGUGAAUGAUAUGAAGAUGGAGUUGAAAUUGAGGCUAAUGGAGCUCAACUGGCAAAAGUCUCAAUGUGUGAAAGUUAUAACGGCUGAUGAGCGAACCAAAAGUGAAGUUCGGCUGAAGAAACAGAGACUCAAGGAGAAGAUUGAGGCGGAUGUCGGUGCCUUGGUCCAGUUCUUGCUAGAUGAGAGAGACUCACUGCUUGAGAGCCUGGACGCUGAGGAGGUGGCCACCAUAGCUGUGAUAGACGACAACUUGAAGAUUGUGGAGACGGAGGUGGAAGCUGUAGACAAAGCUAUAGCUAACAUCCACAGCCACAUCAGUGGGAAAACUAGCUUUGAGAGCCUCGCUGAGACUUUCAAUGAAGUCAUCCAUUGCAAGCCAUUCACAUCCCUCGAGCCAGUUAAUUGUCCGACUGAAUUUACAGACUUCUCAGGGCCCUUCCAGCUUAUCAUGUGGAAGAAGAUGAUGCACGUGCUACACACCAUGCCGCAGAACCUCACCUUAGACCCAGACACGGCUCACCCAAACCUGCUCAUCUCAGACUUUGACACGAAAGUGGAGGAGGGUCGUGUUCGUAACCAGGAGCCAGACCUGCCAGCCCGCUUCAACCGGUUCUGUGGUGUCCUUGCCACAGCCCAGUACGCGAGUGGCCAGCACUACUGGGAAGUGGAUGUGAAGGACAAAGGGGUGUGGUACCUGGGAGUCACCACUGAGUGCAGCAACAGGAAGGGCUUUGUCAGCCUCACUCCCUCAGCAGGAUACUGGAGCUUGUGUCUGCAGGACCGGCUGUAUGCCAACGGAGAACAUGGGCGCAUCCCUGUCGCUGACUACUGGAACUCUCCUCGGGUCGGCGUGUACCUGGACUAUGACAACGGGCGUCUCAGUUUCUAUGAUGCUGUCACGAUGAAGAGACUGUACAUGUUUGACACCUGCUUUGAAGAGCCUGUCUACCCUUUCUUCAGCCCAGGGAAGAAUGAUCCAGGCAGCAGGUUGCAGAUAUGUCACUAUUACUGAUAGAACUGUGAUGAGUGUUUAAAUUUAGUUGUCUAAUCUUAUGUAUACCAGUGACUUUGACAUUUGCUGUUGGCAAGAUUUUAUUUCAGAUGGGGCUGCAGUGCCAGGGUGAUUUUGACCCCUGGAGCCUCAUACUGUAUGUAUUUGAGCCGUUACUUGUUGUUCUUAUUGGUGUUUAAAAAACAAAGUUACACUAAAUAAGAAUUACCAUGUGUCUUGUCACACUUGGGUUGCGAUAAAGAGCUUACUUUUUCUCAUUCUGAGGUUUAACAUUUGAAAUUUGGUAUCUUUCGACCUAGACACACACUGUAGGCUUAUACCCCUGACUGCUGUGGCGAGGGGUUAGGAGAGGUGCUUUGCUGUCUUUAUCACUGUGUCUGCUGGGAUGCAGAUGCUUCAGAUGCUCUUGUUGAUUGGAGCAUGUACAGCUCUUAUCCUGUUAGCAACCUGUAUGCCAUACUACUGUACAUUAACUACAAUUUUUGCCAGACAAGGUCAGUGCUAUUGUCUUGGGUAGAACGUGAAGGACGUGGCACAGUUAUCAUAUUGAUAGCUGCUGGCAGUUAUGAUUCCCUCAUUAAUUCUAGACUGAAUAGCAGUCAAUUGACUCAUAUAUUUGAGAUUUCAGGAAAAUGUGACUCGGGUUGGUUGUUUUGUGGAUAUCGAUGUCGCCACAGAUAGUUUUAUCAUUAGCCUUUUAAAAUCGUUUUUUUAUUUAUUUAUUACAUAUGAAUUGAUAAGACUGUAUGUUCCUCUGAGCCACAUUUCACAGCUUAUUUUAUGUGAGCAGUGAUACUGAAGGCAUGAAUUUAUGCCAUUUUGCUUUUUUUUUUUUUUUUGUUUUUUUUUGUUGUUGUUUUGUUUUGUUUGUUGUUUUUUUGGUAUUUUGAAAAUCUGAAACUUAUUCCAGCAGUAGAAUUCACAGCCAGAAACCAGAACCAGUUUGCAACUGCACAAAAUUAACUGUCAUUUGACAAUAUUACAGAAAGGAUCCUUGUGGAGACGGACCAUUUUCCACCAGUCACCAACUUUGGCUGAAGUAAACCCUUAAUAUUAUUAAUUGCUAACAGUUGAGUGGAUCCCAGUGCUGUAAAUUGGGCCUCACAUUUUAGGGUCUUUUUAUCCAACUCCUACCGUCUGAUUUUUUUUUUUUUUUUUUUUUUUUGUCUCCAGUUAAAUGCUGAUUUGUUAAAUUCUUGAAUUUGAAAAAAGCUUGUAUCUGGAUAUAUUUUUUUCUUCCUUCAUAAUCUCGUGAUUUAAAUAAUUUUUAUUUUGUGAUUAUAAUCUUUCAAAGGUUUUUAGUUUUGCCCGUGCAGUCUUGUACAGUGCGGCUAUUGAACUACAUGUUUACCGUUUUACAGGGUCGUGCAAUGGCUUUCUUCUUCAAAUAUCUUAUUGUGGAGCACAAUGGAAACAUUUAACAGCAUUGUCACUUCAGCUAAUCUCAAGUUGCUCCUUUUUCAUUUUAGUUUUAAAGGUCUAAGACAGGAAAACUCUGUUCUCUUUAACUUCUGAAUAUUUGCUGAUAAACAUUUUGUCUAAGAUUGUAUACCUCAAUACCUGUACAUACCUUUCAUUGCUGAAUUUGUCCUUUAUUCACCUCAGCAGUUUCUGGGCUGUGACACAAAAAAAAAAAAAAAAAAAGAAAAAGAAACCUUGCUAGUCCCUGUUUGUGCCCCUUUCACCUGCUAUGACUGUGCUUAAUGUUUUUCAGACUUUACAGUGAGAUUAAAGAGCAACAAAGA